UGACAGAAAGCUGCGACAACAACAGGUGAAAUGUGGAUAAAUGUGGACAAAUCAGCUGGACCUGAUGCGGGCAGAGCAAAGUGAGAGCACGGCAAUCUCUCUGCAAUUGGAAGAGGAUGGGACGUCCCACGGUGCCUUUGUCUUGUGUGAGAGGAAAACUUCAAUCAGCUCACGGCUCUGUCUCCCCUGCCCAUCUCAGUGUGUCAUGAAGCCUCCGCAAGUGCCGUCUGAUUGGUCCUUCGGGUUACAGUGAGGACUCGCCGGCCAAUCGGCUUCCGCCUGGCAGAUUCCUCUUCAGGAUAAAGAGGGGGGGGAUCGCCGAUCACCGCCGCUGAAUCAGGGAUUCUGCACAAGCGACCGCCACCAUGGAGGUUCCCCGGAGACCUCAGCCCUCCUUCACGCUGUCUCUUCCCAAACCGGCCUCGUCUGCUCGGUGUCCGCCGGGAGCAGCAGAAAAGCUUAUCAAGAAAAGUCCAGUGACAGAAACGCUCCAGGAAAAGACUGCUGAAACCCCGGAGAAGGAGGACCGGGCCGGGGAGGAGACGUUCAACGCAGCAGAGGAGGAAACGGCCGAGGAUUGUGUGUUUCUGAAAGUCCCGGUGGAGAACUCUGUACGCGUUGAGGGGAAAUCAGCCCGGGCAAACUCCAGUCUUUCCUCACAGGAUAGUUUCUCCGAGGAGAGGCUGGCAGAGGAAGCAGAAGAGGCUAAAAAGAAGGCGGAGGAGGAGGAAGCGGCGGCUAAAGAGCGGGCGGCGCAGCGGCAGGUGCUGGCGAUAGAGGAGCUGGUGGAGUCCGAGAGGAAUUACCUGCGGAUGCUGCAGCUCAGCACGGUGACCAUCAGGAGCAACCUGCAGGAACUCCAGCCUCCCCCGGCCCAGCUCAGCAGCAUGUUCCUGUACGUGGAGGAGGUGAUGGACGCGUCCAGCCGUCUGCUCAGCCUGCUGGACCAGAAGAGAGUCAAACCAGGAGACCCUCGCUUCCUAGAAACGCUCUGUGAAUCGUUCCUCAGCCUCUCGGCGGACAUCGAAGCCGCCUAUAAGGAGUAUUUGGCCAACUAUAACCAGGUCACGGUGGUGGAGAACAGCUACAAGCAGAAGGAGGCACUCUGGACGGAGAUGGUGAAAGUCAUCAAGGCCUCGGCUCCUGAAGUCAACGCCGCGUCCCUGAGCUUCUUCCUGGUGAUGCCGGUGCAGCGGAUCGCCCGCUACCCCCUCCUGCUGCAGACCAUCCGGAAACACACGGACCCCUCCCACCCCGCGUACGCUCUCCUGGAGCAGACGGCACACACCUCCAUCGCCAUCAACUGUCGCAUCAACGAGUACAAGCGCUUCAGAGAAGUCGCUGACAAAUACAAGAAGACGGAGACGCUGACCAUCAAGGACAAGAUCAACCGCCUCAACACCCACAGCAUCGCCAAGAAGACGGCGAGACUCAGCCAGCAGAUCAAGCACGAGACGGGAAUAGCAACUAAGCUGGUGGAUGAAGAGUUUGACGCCCUGGAAGGUUUCUUCUACGUCCUGGAGAACGGGAUCCUGGAGCUUCUGGACAACGUGGAGAUGUACCUGCUCCACCUACAGAUGUUCUUGGCCUGCAAGACUGAGGAGUUUGAUUUUGACAUGGACGGAGAGAAGGCUCCCAUCUGCUACAAGGAGAUCACCACUGCUCUCAGACAGUGGAUCCUCCCCACGUUUGAAAAGAGGAUGAGGACGUUGAUCCACAAGCCGCUGUGUUCCCUCCGUGACCUCCUCUCGGGCCCGAGGAACCUGAUCAGGAAGAGACUGGACAAGCUGCUCGACUACGAAGUGAUAGAAGCCAAAUCCACCCUGAGCUACGAGGAGCAGGCGGUGGCCAACACGUACAGGACCAUGAACACUCUUCUCCUCCACGAGCUCCCUCGUUUCAACGGGCUGGCUCUGCAGAUGAUGUGGAGUCUGCUGGAAACGUUCAUGUGUCUGCACAAAGACCUGGCUGGAGACAUGGAGCAGCUGUUCCAGAGCUUCGCCCAGCAGCUCCCUCACAGCUCUCUCCCCCCCAGUGCAUUCUGGGAGUGGGCCGACUCUGCCGUCCUGGAAGGAGCGAGGAAGCUGCAGACUCUGUGUGAAUGUGUGGAGGAAACGCUGAGCUCUCCGGCCGCCCAGCCCCUAAGCCCGUCCUCCCAGCGGCGGCUGCAGCAGCUGACGGAUAAACACGGUUCUGGGAAGAUCUUCCAGGUGGUGAGCUCGGUGGUGGGGAGUCGAGAUCUGGACCUGAACGUGUCCAAGGGAGAACUGGUGGCCGUCGUUAGUGAGGCCGACACCAGGGGGGACAAGAGGAGGUGGCUGGUGGACGCGGGAGGAAAGAGAGGCUACGUUCCCUCCUCAAAGCUGGUCCGUUACCACACGGCGGCGGAGGACCCGCCCCCGUCUCCGCACCUGACCGUCCCGCUGGACGUGACUGGAAUGAGAAGACACUCGUACACCCCCGAGAGCCAGCCGCCCCGCGUCGUGAGCCAGCCGUGCUUCCAGGUGAUGGCCGCCUACGACUUCACUGCGAGAGGAAACCAUGAGGUUUCUGUCCGGGCCGGGGAACCCGUCCGUGUCCUGGAGCCGCACGACAAACGAGGGAACCCCGAGUGGAGCCUGGUGGAGAGCCGGGGCGGCCAGAGAGGCUACGUGCCCUCCAACUACCUGGCCAUCACGCCCACGGGGCCGGCGCCGGCCGCCGGCUUCUACCCCUACCGCUAAAACUACAAACACCAGAUUAUCAGCAUCUGAAGUCCAGACAGUAAUAUUUAUUAACGACGCUGCAGCUGCUUUUGCAAAGGAAAAGCCGACACGACGCUGAGCUUUAAUGAUCUUUGUUGCCAGAGUCGUAAGCGCGUUUUCAGAGCAGGUGACGCCACUGUGUGUGCUCACGCUCACGUCUGCUGGGUUUAACAACUGGAACUUUAACAUUUAUCUUUGCAGCUUUUCCUAAAAAGACCCCUUUUUGGUGCAAUUAGGUACAUUCGCAUUGAGCUUUUUUGUAUCUAUAUUUGAAAGAAAAAAAAAAAUCAAUCAACUAAUCUUUUGUACUCACAAAUCAGAAAAGAUUCCAGAGAUGAAAUGACGAUGACCCGGAUUUAAGAUAAUUUUCUGGCUUUUUUCACUCAAGAUGCCAAACCCGACUGAAUGUCGUUUGGCUUUAGCUUUUUUUUUUUAAUGGUAGAAAAUGACAAAUGAAUAAAUAGCAGGAGCGUGUGCAAUAUACAACACUGAUACAUCUGUUUUGGUGGGUGAUCUGUGACAUACGUGACAACCCAGUCUCAUCUGGAGCCACAUUUCUUCCAGAUAUCCAGAACAUAGAGGUCGUAGCCAUUCCAGGUUUGGUGCAAAACCGUAAGCGAUAUUUCUGAAACUAUGAAAUUACUUUCUGUCAAAUAGGUCAGUUAUGCCAUAAGUACGGUGGCCGACGAGGGCCAAACGCGCUGCAAAGGCCUAAAGUA